AUGGGCUGCGUUUGGUCGAAUGCGGACCUGGAGGGUGGCGGCUAUCGUAUCAAAAUUCUGAAGCAGAUAGCUGAAGGAGGAUUUAGUCAGGUCCUUCUCUGUGAAGACAUUGACAGCAACGAGAGCUUUGCGGUAAAGAAGAUAGCCAAACACUCACGUGAAAGCGUGCAACGAAUCGAGAUGGAGACCUCGAUUCAUCGUCAAAUGUCGAAUGUGCGACACGUUGUUCCAUUGUUGGCUGUGAUAAAUGUAGAGCAAGUGGUGUAUUUGGUGUUUCCAUUCUAUCGUCGAGGAUCGGUCGGUGACGAUUUACUUCGGAGGCGUCCAAAAAACGAUUAUCUCGCUCAGGAAGAGGUGAUUCGCAUUUUUCUGGGAUUAUGCACAGCUGUACGUCAUCUACAUCAGCUAGGAUAUGUUCACCGAGAUCUCAAGGUGGCUAACGUUCUUCUAACUGAUGACGGGACACCGAUGCUGACAGAUUUUGGAUCAGCAACGACUAAUUCCAGCGUACCGAUUCGUAUCGAUUCUGCCCGUGAGCAACAACAUGCAAUUGAUGAAGCGGCUGAGUUGUGCUCAAUGCCGUACCGGGCUCCUGAGCUGUUUGACUGUCACAUCGGUUCCGUAAUCACGCAAUCAGCCGACCUUUGGUCUCUUGGCUGUUGCCUCUACGCCUUAUGUUAUUUCGUAUCGCCGUUCGAUCUUGUCUAUGAAAAAGGCAACAGCGUCGCUUUGGCUGCGCAGAGUCCAGAAAAGAUACACUACCCUGAAGUGAAACAGUUCGAUCGUCGGCUGAUCACUGUGAUGCGCGGCCUUCUCGUUGUAGAUCCAAGUCGACGGAUGUCCAUAGAAGAAGCCACGGACAUAGUCAAAUCAGUCGAAGUCCGCGGUGGGGACAGCGGGGAACCGAGCAUUGUGGCUAUGUAG